AUGGCAGAAGAUGUUUCUGUUGCUGCCAAAAUUUUGAACAUACCCGAAGAUGACGAUAACUCCGAUUCUGAAGAUAUAAAGCCGAUAAGAAAUAGUUUUUGGGGUAUGCCCGACCCACCACCUUGUUCGGACCCAGUUAUCAAAAGUAGACAUGGAAACAUUUCCUACCAGCCUACAUCCCAUGUCAAAGUUCUACAAACUUUUGACUCGAAUGAAGCACUUAAGCUCGUAGUGGGAUUAAAGUGCGUUCAUGAAAACUUUCAGAUGAAAGUAAAGAAAUCUUCCAAACACCAGUACGAGGUGGUGUGUCACUCAGAUUCAGACUGUGAUUGGCGUUUGAUGGCUGUUUUCAUCGAUGGCAGUCUAAAGGAUUGUAGGAGAGUGUACCGUGGUAAAGAAAUCAUGGAAGAUGUGAACCAACGGCUCAAUAUUAGCAUCUCCUACCAUCAAGCAUGGCGAGCAAAGAUGUAUGCCUUGCAACUGUUGAGGGGUACCCCGGAAUCGUCGUUUAACCUACUCCUGGUUUAUUGUCACAAUCUGAAGCUAGCAAAUCCGGGGACUGUGAGAGAGAUCGCUCUUGAUCCACUUGGACGAUUCGACAUGUUGUUUGUCGCACUCUUUUGUUCGAUUCGAUUGUUUCUAGGACACAUGAGACCGCUUCUUAUAAUGGACGGUGCCCAUCUGAAGGGGUCGUACGUUGGCACCAUGUUCUUAGCGGUCGGCAUGGAUGGAAACAAUGGUAUCGUACCCAUUGCAAUGGGAGUGGGGAAGACAGAAAGUGGCCCGUCAUGGACUUGGUUUUUACGUAAGCUUAGGCAGUGUAUCGGUGAUGUGCCCAAUUUAACCUUCGUCACCGAUAGGGCUGCCUCUAUCGACCUGGUCAUACGAACUGUAUUUCCUUCUACGCACCAUAGACUUUGUUGUUGGCAUUUGAGCCAGAACCUCCACCUAAACUCCACUAAAGAGAAAAGAAAAUGGUGGAUGUUCUGGGAGAUAUGCAAAGCUUACCGGUUGUCGAACUUUGAAACUACUAUGGAUUUGAUGCGACACAGUCUACCUAGAGCCACUCAAUAUCUUGAGGAAGUUGGCUACGCUAGAUGGGCACGAUCGCACUUCCCUGGAUUGGGUUACAGUGCAAUGACGUCCAAUAGUGCUGAGUCCGUCAACUCAGUAACGCGGUUUGCACGCUAUCUUACGAUAACAAUGUUAGUUGAAUUUUAUCAGGCGACAUUGCUAAGUAACAUAAUUUAA